AUGGUUCAGGGAUUUUCUAAAAAAUUUUCAGUCCCGAAUUAUGCGGGUAUAAGUAUCGUAAAGCGCUCAAAACAACAAGACUGCAACGAAGCAGAGAUCGGGAAACCAGAUUGUAAACUCCGACCAUCCAAGUCAUAA